UUACCUCAAUUGAAAGUUCAAGCCUUUGCCACAAAAACACCGAAAACGAGAGAAUCUUUCCAAGAUGUCCACUGACAUGAAAAAGACAUUGUGAAAUGGAAAUGCGUCACCGAUAAGGACAAAAACCUCAACAACUCGUCAUCUGUCACCUGUCAUAGCUCUACAAGAAAACAAUUUCCGCCCGUCUUUAUUGUUCGAAUUAGAUCAGCAAUGUUACGAAAACACCCAAAAUAUCAACCUCCCCUGGGAAAAUAAUAAUUCUCUAUUCUAAAAUGCGGAGUUUCCUAAUUUCUAUCAGUUUUCGUAAGUGACCUAACCUCAAAAUCCCUUAAUCGGAGCAGGGCGUUUUUCUCAGUUUUCACAAUGUUCAAAGUGCAAAAUCAAAGUGAAAAAAGGAUGUCACAACUGCCAGGCUGGUUGUGGCCAAAUUCCAACAUCCUGCCACCCGUGUAUAAAAGAAUCUGGGGAGCAGUACGUGAAGAAAAAACUCGACCUGGUGCAAAUCUCGGUGAAGUUCUCGUCGACACAAACAAAAUCUUUCCACUUUUACUCACCAGCCAAUUAACGACUGAAGUUCUGGGCUACAUUUGGAGUCUCGCUAAUCAAAAAUAUGCAGGACAAUUGACCGAACAAGAAUUGUAUAUAGUUUUAGCAUUAGUGGCUCUCGCACAAGCUUCUUAUCCUUUCAACAGUCUCGAAGUGUUACACCUUGUCCGAGUACCGCCAGUUCCUAAUCUUAAUAUUGCACUCUUGGAUAACUACACUGUGAUUCCAGGCAAAAAAGAGCCAAAACCACAAGAUGCCAAAGUACAUUCUGUGUUCGAAAAUCCCUCAAAUUCUGUUUCGCACUCAAAUUUUAUUCCAAAUUCCAGUUCUACUUCUAACUUGAAUUCGUUUUCCAAUUCGAGAUCUGGAAUUAGAACAAGUUCGGUUGUGACUUCAUCAAGUGCUGAUAAUUUAUUCAACUCCACUCACGAGACCAGAUCUGAGAAGAAAAAUUCUCCGAGUAAUUGUGGCUUCGGAGUCAAUUUUCCAGUGGAGUCUCGUCAAGGCUUGAAAAAUCACUCAUCAAAUGAUUCAAGCGAUGAUUUUUCUGAUUUUCAAAGUGCUCCGCUCCCCGCGAUUCCCACAAUUCCCAUGUGGGACACGAAACAAGGAUCGGCGAUUGGAAGCAGACUCGCAAAUCAUAAUUUGGGAGUGAAAAAACCGGGGGAGAAAUUGAAGAAAACGAGUGCGAAAUCGAAUUCACACUUGGUUCAAGGAAAUCAGGGAAGCCAAGCAAAUAUAGGAAGAAAUUCGGGAAUUAAUGUAGGAGCAAGUAAAGAAAUGCAGCUGACGGACGGCGGAAUUUUAAUGAAUUCCGGACAUUCUUCCGGAUACAGAAACUCUCUUGGGGAUGGAAAUUUGGAAAGGUUGACGGAAUUGUUUCCAAAAUGUAGUUUGAAGAAUCAGUCGAAAACGGUGAUUCUCAGGGACACGAUUAUACGAAAUGAUCCUCCGAAAAGCAUUGAAGUUACCCCGAAGGAAUUUCAGACUCUGGAGAAAAUUCCUGGAAAUGAGGGGGAAUUGUUGAGCAAACAUUCGGCAGAAAGUGCACAAGAUUUGAUGAAUUUGCAGCAAACUGAAGACAAAUAUAGUGCACUUCGCGUUUUAGUCGAAGAGCCGGUUACAGCUUUCAGCAAGACGAAUUUAGAAGUAGAGGAUCCUCUCCCAGCAGACGAUUUUGGAGAUUUUGUCUCCGCGGAACAAAGUAUUGCACCGGAUUUAGAUACUUUAGGGACCGAAACAAAUAUGGAUUUGUUUUCUGAAUUUGAUUUUAAAACUGACAGUUUUCUGAGCAGCGAGAUUAAAACUGAAACUUCCUUGGUUCAAGAAAUUUCUGAAGCCUUUGAUGCCCUUGGAUUUGAGGAGUUCAGGGAUCAUCAAACUCUGGGAAGUAAAUUUGAGGCACAAUUAGAUACGGAUAAAGUAGUUCAAAAGGAAGAUUGCAUCUCAGUAAAUAGUAUAGAAUUAGGAAAUGGUGUACCUGGAGUUUUGACUCGAUCCGGAUCAGUCCCGAGUCUCGAUCUGAAGUCUUUUCUUUCCCCUAGUCAGGAAGAUGAGUCGACUGUGGAAAAUAUGCACCAGACAAUCUACUGGGAAUGGAAACAGUACAUGGAAAGUUGUGUUUUACUACUUCAAGUUGCAGCUAAUAUAUUUUCCAACAUUUCCACAGAAGCCGUUUUACGUGAAGUUCUAGCCACUGCCCAAGGAUAUAAUUUUCUCUGCAAUUUGGCGGAAGUCGCUGCAGUUUGUAGACGGGUAAAUUUCUCCCACAAAGAAAUGGAUAUCAAUAUUAUGGGAUUCGAUGAUUUGUUGAUGGAAAUCGACAGAAUUUGGGCCGAGAUGGAACCAUUUUACACAAAUAUUCCCAUUGUAACGGAAUUACCAGUCUGGCCAUUGCAUCAAAACGAGAACGUGACCUGUGCUCUUUGCUUGACAGUCAUAAUGAGUGGUAAAGUUUCUCAUAAUGAGAACAAUUAUCACGUGACGUGCGCCAAUUUGUGGCUAAAUUGUGUAAACAGUAAUCUUCCCGUUCUGCGAAACCCUUCCUUUCAAUCGCACUCGACAGUUUUUAAUAGCACAAAUCAGAUUGAAAAAUGAUAAGAUUUAAAUCGAAACUAAUCUCAGUCACAAUUCUUAGAUUAGAUUUGACAUUGUUAAGUUUCCAGUCUCGCAUAAUAUUUAGAUUUUGAAUUCCACGUUCAAUCAACCGAGAGUUUAAAGAUUUUCAAGGCUUAGAUACUUAAACUGUGAUUUAACGACACGAAAUUAUUUAUUUCUCGAAACAUCAUUUUUUUUUACUGUUUUUUAAUUUUAUGAUAGUUUAUGUUUUUAGGAAUAGGAAAAUUCUUGAAGCUCGUCACUUUUGAGGUCCUUAGAUGUUUCGAUCCGGGAUUUUUGUUGGGUAGAAAAUUUAGGUAGCUAAUUGUACCUUUUAUUUAUUGCGGAUCAAUUGGAGAAUUUUUUUUAUUUUCUUUUUGACGGUUGUUAUUUGUUCUGCUGUUGAUCUUUGAUGUAAAUUGUAGACGCAUUUGAAGUGAUGAGGUAAUUUAACUAUGUAUUGUCCGUCCGUUUUGAAUAUUUGAGGUAUUUCACUUUAUUUAUAGAGAGUAUUUAAAGUGAUUUAUUUAAAAUAAAGUAUUUUAAAUCCACAGUA